CAGAAAACCUUUUCUCAUCACCAUCACAGUAAUCACAGUACCACCACCACCAGCAAAUGGCGAAGUGACCAGAUUGCUUUUCAAUGAUAAUGGAGGGUCUCGUGGCAGGACGGGCGACUUCGAUUCUCUAAAGGCAUGUCCCAGAAGCUUCCAGCAUCAGCAGUAGCAACAGGAGAAGACCAAGCAACCGCAACUACUCCAAACAGAGCAGCCCGGCUGAGUCACAUUGAUGCCGAUCUCCGAAUCCGUGUCCUCUACGACGACGAAGAUUUUGUCGUGAUUGACAAGCCUUGCAAUCUCCGAUCUGUCCCGGGGAAUGCAGCAACGUCGACAGACGUGAAGGAACGGGGACAAAAACGAACGCUGUCUGGUUUCAACAAAGAUGAUGACAGCAAGAUUGUGAAAGGACAAGAGAAGAGUAGUACCCAGCGGGAAGAAAAAUCUCGACUGACAGCGCAAGAAGCGUGGCAAGCAGCCAUUGAAAGUUGUUCGACAAUAUCCAAUACAAACCAAACUGCCCCUGAUGGAGGAAAUAUCCUAAGUGACGAUGCAAUCUUUAGUUUGAAGCAGAUUGCCGUCUCGGACAGCACCAUCAGGGCAUCCAUUCCCAGAAAAUGCAAGGUCUUUCUCAGGUAUAUCAACCGCAAUCAAAAGCGCUUUCUGCAAUUACGUGUCGCAUCAGAUUCUUCCCACCUAGAGGAGCUUGCCUCGGAAAUGUACAAAGAGCUCAAGAGGCGUCAAACUAUACAAAUCAAUCUGCCAGAGCCAACGAACAAUGAAGAGUCCGCCUUCGGUCAGCUAGUAAUCAUGGGAUACGAUGGUACCGAAAACAAGACAAGAGAAAGCAAUAAACUAUUUGUAGUGCACAGAUUGGACUGUGAAACAUCAGGGGUCAUGGUGUUUGCUAGGAACCGAUCUGCAGCCUCAUCGCUCUCUCAAGCAUGGAGAGAAAGAGAGGAGCAAGUCUCCAAGGAGUAUCUGGCAAAAGUGAGAUAUUGGCCACCUUAUCACGAGCAAUCGUUGAUGCAUGGCAAAUUAGAGGUGCCACUGGAACCCAGCAAGGAGCGCCUCAAAUGGAAAGUGGCCAAACAUGGAGGUGGUGGCAAACCCAGCACUACCAUAUGGAAGGUAAUCACCCAUCAAGAGAAACAGGCGAUGAGCGGGAAGGACAAACCCGCGACAAGUAGUGAGAGCGAACCAAUUCUCUUGUCGCUCACGCCUGUCACGGGUAGAACUCAUCAGCUGAGAAUACACUGCGCUCACGUCGGAACUGGUAUCAUUGGAGAUUCCCUGUACGGAGAUGACCGAGCAUCCGCCAACAUUGAAGGGGAUGAUGACCGCCAGGUGAGAUUGAUGCUUCAUGCACUUCGAUUGGCUUUCCCGCAUCCUUCUACUGGCAAGCGGUGCGAAUUCACCUCGUCUCCGCGGUGGUAAGUAAUACUGGCAGAACGGGAAAAUGCAGAGGGUUGGAUGUGCUACCGGUAGACUUCUACCAGUAUAGGCUGCCAAGGAUCGAGACAUGCAAAAAGAAGAAAAGAUUCGAUUCGAUUCAUUCCAGCCAGAGCUGCAAACCAUCACCACAUGUACAUGUAC